GGCGGGGUGAACUCACUCCUCACUCCUCUCCCGGUGAGCGAUGGAGCGCUCCAGUUAAGAGCGGCGGAUCCGGUACUGCGGACUCAGAGCUCCAUCCACGCCGCGGAGAGUCGCGCGGUCCCCCGGUGCUGCAGCGGGAGCUCGCGCUGCUCCGUGUGUCUGUUUUUGGAGCAUCUUCACCGCGUGAUCUUCUGAUUCUCUCUCUCCGUUUCUGUCUCCGCUGGAUCACGACAGGCCGGCACUGAUGGGCGGGCUGGGCAUCUGGGCACUCCCCUUCCUGUUCGGAGCCUCGCUCUGGCAGGCCUACGGAGGACGAGGCAGCGCCGAAACAGCCAACAGCGCCGAGGAGACGCCCGAGAGACUACAGGAAAUGUAUCCGGCUGUAGCAGCGGAGAAGACGAUCACCCACCAUGGGGGUCCGUGCCGGACGACGUACUGUGGGCGGGGUCGAGAGUGCGUGGUCCGGCGGCUGACGGGUCACGCGGAGUGCGUGUGCCAGGAGAAGUGUCACGGCUCGUUCGUGCCGGUCUGCGGUUCUGACGGUCAUUUCUACGAGAACCACUGCGAGGUGUUCCGGACGGCCUGCGCUCAGAAGAGGAGGAUCUACGUGGUCCACAGUAAAGACUGCUUCUUUAAAGUGGAUUCGUGCACCAUGUCCGAGUAUAAUAAGCUGAAGAGCAUGCUGCUGGACAUGCAGCCCACAGGCCUGACCACAGCCGACGACACCACGGCAACCACCAUGGAGCAGAAGAGGAGCCUGGUGGACACCAUGUUUAAAUACCUGGAUCUGAACGGUGACGGGCGUCUGAGCGGUGAAGAGCUCGCCCAGAUCUCUAUGAAGGAACAUUUGGAGGAGAGUUUGUUGGAGUGCACCAUGCAGGACCUGCUGCGGUACGACGACUACAACAACGACGGCGUCCUCACCCUGCAGGAGUUCUACACCGCCUUCCAAGUGGUUCAGCUCAGUCUUCCAGAAGAUCAGAGAGUGAGCAUCACCACCGUGACGGUGGGCUUGAGCACCGUGCUGUCCUGCACCAUCCAGGGAACGCUGAGGCCCCCGAUCAUCUGGAAACGGAACGGCAUCGUCCUCAACUUCCUAGACCUGGAGGAUAUUAAUGACUUCGGUGAUGACGGCUCGCUCUACAUUACCAAGGUGACGACCAUCCACAUGGGGAACUACAGCUGCCACGCGUACGGAUACGAGGAGCUGUCCCAGACCCACACGCUGCAGGUGAAUGUCCCUCCGGUGAUCCUGGUUUAUCCGGAGACUCAGGCCCAGGAGCCGGGUGUAGCCGCCAGUCUGCACUGCUACGCCGACGGCAUCCCCAACCCUAAACUCACCUGGCUGAAAAACGGCCUGGAUCUACAGCCUCACGCCUCCAAGCAGCUCUCGCUACUCGCUAACGGCAGCGAGCUGCACAUCGGCAGUGUUCGGUAUGAGGACACCGGGGCCUACACCUGCAUCGCCAAGAACGAGGUGGGAGUGGACGAAGACAUCUCCUCUCUCUUUGUAGAAGACUCCGCGCGAAAAACCCUGGCGAACAUCCUGUGGCGAGAGGAAGGGCUCAGCGUGGGAAAUAUGUUCUAUAUCUUCUCGGAUGAAGGGAUCACCAUACUGCAGCCGGGCGACUGUGAGAUCCGUCGCCAGAUCAAGCAGAGCGAGAGGAUUGUGGCCAGCUAUGAAGAGAUGUGUCCUAAAGGCGAGGGCGUCUCGUCGCAGCACUGCGUGUGGGCGUCGGCCGUCAGCGUGAGAGACAGAUACGUCUACGUCUCUCAGCCUCUCCACAAUCGCCUGCUGAUCAUCGAUACUCAGGCUCAGAAAGUGGUGCAGACCGUGGAGACGGACCCGGUUCCAGUGAAGCUCUUCUAUGAUAAAUCUCAUGAUCAGGUGUGGGUUCUGAGCUGGGGAGACACACAGAAAACACAGCCCACCUUACAGGUCAUACCGCAGGCGAGCGUGGGGGAGCUCCACCACACCGUCCGCACCCAGUUUCAGCGCGUGGAGGACUUCUACAUCCCGCCCACCAACCUCAUCAUCACCCACGUAAGGUUUGGCUUCGUCUUCUUGAAAGCGGAGUCGGCGCUGCAUAAAUUUGACCUGGAGACCCUCCAUCGCGUCAAGACCAUCAGCUUGAAGAACUAUAGCUGUGUUCCAGUCAGCAUGGCCUACACUCACCUCAGCGGAUACUACUUCAUCCAGUGCCGAGGAAAGAACGGCUCCAGCUCCUUCCAGCUUCUGCUGGACAGCGUUACCGACGCCGUCGUUGGGUUGAACCAGGGGAUCGGCGGACGUCCUUUCGUCUCGCCGGACGGUCGAUACGUGGUCACGACGGACGGUCAGAGAGGCAAGUUUCAAGUCCAGACCGUCUCGUUUCAGGGUGAACUUCAGUCAGGAACCGAACUGGACGCUCCAGCUCCCGUUUCAGACUUGGUUUUCCAACCGUCCUUCACACAAUCCAACCAGUACAUGGUGGUUUCCUCCUCGGCUCGGGGCUCGGACCUGAUGUUCUCAGAUCUGUCCACGGGGACGAGCAAAGCGCUCAGGAGCCUCAAAGAGCCGCUGGAAUCCCACCAGUGGCCGUGGGGAGGCGCCAACAGGGUGGUGGUGUCCAGCGGUCUGUUCGGGCAGUACCUGGUGACGCCGUCGGCCGAGUCGAUGUUCGUUCUGGACGCUAGACAGAGCAGCCUUCACUGUGAGGUUUCAGACAUCGAGAGAGGAAACACAGUGGUCUGGGUCGGGGAGGUAUGAGCUAUGGACCGCUGGCCGGUUCCACGCCCAACUACGGUGGCCUGCUGGGGCCAAUUCCACCUAAAACUGUUGAACGGACACAAGCGGACUCAACCCUGAGACUGAGCGACACACACAGAACACACACACGGGUUACUGUAAUAAAUGAACACACACAAACACACACAAACACACAAAAACGAGAAAAAAUAGAGUUACUACAGACAUCCGUUAAGGAAAGUUUUGUUCUGUUCUGUUGAGAGGGAUUGUGAUGGGUGGUGAUUGGUGGUGAUGGGUGGUGAUGGGUGGUGAUUGGUGGUGGUGGUUGGUGAUUGGUGGUGGUGAUGGGUGGUGAUGGGUGGUGAUUGGUGGUG